CAGUGACUUUUUGACAGAUAUCACUCGGCGAUGUAUGCGUUAGCUAAAAGACAAACACAAGUGAAGUUAACACGUCUUAGUGGACUCAGAUAGUCAAACAUCAGUCAGACACACCAUCAUUAAAAUAUACUGUAGCUUUCAGUCAAAGCGAAAUAUUUCUUACAGAAAGGUGUAACUUACGUUUAUCAUGUACGUGUGUGUGUGUGUGUGUGUGUGAAAUAAUAAGCCUAACAGCACAUCAAAUGCAUUCAGUCACAUCAUCUGCUAAAGCCACAGUUUUGUUAACUCUGAUGGUCAUUUUGAGGACAGGAACGCUCCUGCUCUCCGAACGUAACGUUAAUAAAACCAUGUUAACGGAGCUCUGUCGCCUCUAUUGCCGUGACACGAUCCAAGCUACAGUUUCAUCUUUGACAGAGUCACACAGAGUUGUCGUGUAUUACCGCAUCCUGAUCUGAGAAAGAGAGGGACAGCCGUCGCGCUAGAGCAGCUGCCAUGACAGGGGUGGGGGCAGAGGAUGACAUCCCUCUCUGUGAGAGGAAAACUGUCACUGACUUCUGCUAUCUCCUGGACAAGUCCAAACAGCUUUUCAAUGGCUUAAGGGAUCUGCCUCAAUAUGGACACAAGCAGUGGCAGUCCUAUUUUGGACGAACAUUUGACAUAUACACCAAGCUGUGGAAGUUUCAGCAGCAGCACAGACAAGUCCUGGACAACCGGUAUGGUCUCAAGAGGUGGCAGAUAGGUGAAGUGGCCUCAAAAAUUGGUCAGCUGUACUACCAUUACUACCUCCGCACUUCAGAAACAAGCUACCUAAAUGAAGCCUUUUCCUUUUAUUCGGCCAUUCGCCAACGAUCAUAUUACCACCAAGUCAACAAAGAAGACAGGCCGGAGCUGGUUGUAAAAAAGCUGAGGUAUUAUGCUCGGUUUAUCGUUGUUUGUCUGUUGCUCAACAAGAUGGACCUGGUUAAAGUGUUGGUCAAGGAGCUGUCUGAAGAGAUUGAGGACUACACCCAGCGCUUCAACACAGAGGACCAGUUAGAGUGGAACCUGGUGCUGCAGGAAGUUGCUGCUUUUGUCGAGGCAGAUCCUCUUAUGCUCCUAAAUGAUGACAACGCCGUGGUGGUCAUAUCCAAUCGGCUGCAGGAGGGGGGUGUGCCCCCGCUUGAACAGGGCAUGGUGGUUGGCCAGCUCACCUUGGCAGAUGCGCUCAUCGUUGGCAACUGUAACAAUCAGGUGAAGUUUAGCGAGCUGACUAUCGAUAUGUUUCGUAUGCUCCAAGCACUUGAGAGGGAGCCAGUGAACCUAGCCACACAAAGCUCCAAGCCAGGGACACUUGUAAGAGAAGACUCUUACACUCUCCCUGUCACUCUCUAUGAGCCCAAUGAAAAGCCGGCCAAGAGAGAGAACCCUCAUAAAUAUCUCCUCUACAAACCAACCUUCAGCCAGCUCUACACUUUCCUGUCUGCCUCCUUCAAGGAGCUGCCAGCCAAUAGUGUCCUGCUGGUUUAUCUCUCUGCCACUGGAGUGUUUCCUACUGGACGCUCAGAGAGUGAAGGACCUUAUGACUUUGGGGGUGUCCUGACCAAUACUAAUCGAGAUGUGGUAAACGGCGAGAUGGUGCAGAAAAGAAGCCAGGCACAAAAAGAGAUGCACUGUCUCCACCCAGGAGACCUUUUCUCCUUCACCAGGAAACCUCUGUUUAUCAUUGUCGACUCAUCCAACAGCACAGCUUAUAAGAAUUUCUCCAAUCUGUUUGGCCAACCACUUGUUUGCCUGCUUUCUCCGACAGUGUAUCCGAAGAGCAUGCAAGACCAGUGUCAGCGUGGAAGUCUGUUUACUCUUUUCCUUUACAACCCCCUCAUGGGCUUCCUGUCUGUGUGUGGACUGAGCAGCAUGCGCUAUGGAUUGUGGGAAAAGGCCCAGGAACUCCUGCGGAAGGUUUUCCAUGACAUUGGCCAGAUGAUCACGAGCUCCCGAGUUAUAGAUCAGGCCUAUCUGCAGUUUUAUGGCGAUGAAUUUCUACGUCUGCUCAUGAUCCGUUUCGUGUUCUGCUGCACCACGCUCCGAUUGCACAAGCUCUUCCGGGUGAGACUGAACUGAAUUAAUAUUAUACAUGUUUAUAUAAUAAACACAAUGUGAUUA